UCCAUCUUUAAUUCAGGAUUCCCAGACCAGCUUCUAGUACGUGGCCACUCUCCAGGAAUUCUGAACUUGGUGAUAGGCAAGUGGCCUUAAAGGUGAUAUUAGUGGAGGGGUGGCAUGAUUUAGAUAACAAAGACUAUGACUGUUGGCCCCUGGAAAAACCAGAUGAGUUUAACAUGCUGGACUGUGGAGGCCUGGAGAUGGCAUGGGUGCAAAGACCUCCAGAAAAGGCUGUGAGUGGGGAAUUCUUCAACGUGACCUAUGCAGUCUUUGCUUCAGACAGCUUUUAUCAAUAUGCAGUGCAAAAUGGAAUCCUUUCUCACAGCAAUGCUACUGCUGCAAAGGAAUUCUGUGAGGAGCAUGAAUGUCCUGCCAGCUGGAAAGAUGCAAAUGGGGAAAACUGCUGUGUCCACCAUGCCAACAUUCACUCCUGUCCUUUGGCCUUCAUGGGUAGAGGAGGAAUAUGUGGUCCAUGGAUCCCAGAUGAUGGCCAGAUAUUUACUCACACUUUGUCUACAGCUGGCAAAAUAAGCCAAAGAAACUGGACUGCCAAGGUUGUUUUGGUUCAUGUGGGUGUGACUUCUCUUAUCGCACAUAUCAGAGUUGGGAGAAUGCAAGUUGCUCUGGAAGCAAAAACCACAGUCCUUCCUGCAGUAGUCUGUGGAGAUGGCUUGUGCGAGGAAGAAGAAGGCUGCUCUAUCUGUCCAGCAGAUUGCGGGGAAUGCCCACUGUCUGCUGAUGCUAGGAUAGCAAUUGCCUUACCAGUAUGUUUAGUCUGCACUGGCUUCAUUUUGACAGUCAUGUGGUUUCAAUAUCAGAAACAAAAGAUGUUUUGGGAUGAAAGCUGGAUUAUAGACUUCACCUGCAUCAAGCAAGAUUGCAUAGUCAGGACAGCAACAGCAAGCAUGAUGAGUGCUCCCCUAGCACCCAGUGACUCCAACACCAGCUGUAUUACUGCUCUGAGCUCCUGCACAGCAGCUGCUAACAUGACCCGGAACCAGUACUUCACCCAGACUGGGAGAUAUGAUGGUAGAACUGUGGCCAUAAAGAAAAUAAUGAAGAAGGCAUUCACGCUGUCCAAAUCCAUACGUAAAGAAGUAAAGCAAGUGAGGGAGCUUGACCACCCCAAUCUCUGCAAAUUCAUUGGAGGUUGUAUAGAAGUGCCAAAUGUUGCCAUUGUAACAGAGUACUGCCCAAAAGGAAGCCUGAGUGAUGUUCUGCUCAAUGAAGACAUUCCUUUGAACUGGGGCUUCAGGUUUUCUUUUGCUACUGAUAUUGCACAAGGAAUGGCCUAUCUUCACCACCACAAAAUGUGUCAUGGACGGUUAAAGUCUCGUAACUGUGUGAUAGAUGACCGAUGGGUUUGUAAAAUUGCAGAUUAUGGUUUGCAGUCAUACAGAAAAGAAGAUUCUCCUGAGGAGUCAAGCUCACACCAGCAGCAUUUGACACAGAUUUACACAGCUCCUGAAUUCCAUUCCUCAUCAGAUUUUGAACCCAAUUCUAUGACAGAUGUCUACAGUUAUGCCAUCAUUUUACUAGAAAUUGCCACAAGAAGUGACCCUAUGCCAAAAGAUCAUGUGCAAUCGGCUGAAUAUUCUUGGUGUCCACCUUUGGCAGAAUUAAUUUCAGGAAAGGCUGAGAAUUCUUGCCCGUGUCCCACAGAUUACAUAGAGUUAAUCAGAAGGUGCAGAAAAAAUAAUCCAGCCCAAAGGCCUACAUUUGAACAAGUCAAGAAAAUGUUGUACAGGAUGAAUCCUAAUAAAGUUAGCCCUGUUGACAUGAUGAUGACUCUGAUGGAGAAAUAUAGCAAACAUCUGGAGAUAUUGGUUUCUGAGAGAACCCAGGAUUUAAUGCAUGAAAAACAGAAGACUGAUCGUCUGUUGUAUAGUAUGUUGCCGAAGCAAGUAGCAGAUGAUCUCAGGCAGGGAAAACAUGCACAAGCUCAAAGUUACUUAAGUGCCACCGUCUUUUUCAGUGACAUUGUUGGCUUCACUCAGCUGUCCAGCAGCAGCACACCUUACCAAGUGGUGGAUCUCUUGAACAAGCUUUAUACCACUUUCGAUGAAAUCAUAGAUAACUAUGAUGUCUAUAAAGUGGAGACAAUAGGAGAUGCCUAUAUGGUGGUAUCAGGAGUACCCAAAGAGAAUGGGAUCCUUCAUGCCGGUGAGAUCGCAAGCAUGGCUUUAGACCUUCUGGAAGUCUGCAAGACUUUUAAGAUCCCACACAAGCCCAACACCCUCCUAAAGAUAAGAGCUGGAAUCCAUUCAGGGGCAGUUGUAGCUGGAGUUGUUGGGACCAAAAUGCCACGGUAUUGUUUAUUUGGAGAUACUGUGAACACAGCUUCCAGGAUGGAAUCUACCAGUGAAGCUCUCAAAAUACAGUGCAGUUCUAGUGCAUACCAGCUGUUGGAGCAGAUUGGAGAGUAUGUGUUAGUAUGCCGUGGGAAUUUACAAGUCAAGGGGAAAGGAGACAUGGUAACAUACUGGCUUGAAGGUAAGAAAGCCUCUGCCACCCAGAAGGCAGUCACCAGCACUUCUGUGACUCUUCAAGACCCCAACAGAGCUUCGUUUGGUUUGAUACCAGGUGUCCUUCCCAGUGAUCGUCUCUCAAGUCCUGCUUACUAGCCACUCACUAACUCCAGUAUCCAUCCUGCUUUCAGUCUGUUAGGUCAUCCUGCUGAAUUAGAACGUAAGCAAAGAGAUAGUACACCCCUUUGGCCUUGUGGAUGUAUUAGGUCAGACUUUAGUCACAGGUAUCUCUCUCCCACCAGUGGCAGGAAAAUACCAAACAGCAAAAACUCAUCUUGAUGAAUGAUAUAUAAAACUGCCCCACCAGCUACUAGGGCAGAAGGUAGCUCCCAGUGUCACUAGUUGAUCUGGUUUUGCUGGCUUAUCCCCUGCUUAUCCCCAGCCUCCAUCACUUCAACACCAGCUGGCUGGACAUUUCAGCCUGUAAGCUGCUCCCAUGGGAAAGAAAGAGACAGUGUGGUAUGGUAAACCUUGCGGCUGUGACUGGUGUUGUGCUGUUAAAGGGAAAAAUGAGAUGUGUAUUGUGUUAGCAAGCAAAGCCCAUUGAAAGAGGAGGAUGAGGUAGUGCAAUCAUAGUGGAUACAAAUCAAAGUGAGAAUUUGUGCUCCUGCUUCUGUUUCAUCUCCAUUGCCUAAAGCACAGAAAGAAGAAUUAAGAAGAAAGUCUGGGGUACUUCCAUAGAGUUAACAUUUAGUGAUACCUACCAUCUCGGUACAGAGAUUUGAAAAUCUUGGAAGAGAAAAGAUAUUGCAUGCUGUUGUCAAACAGAAGAGAGUCUAUUACAGCUGCCCUUGUCUUUGGUUGCUCUGGGAUUUCUCUGAAAAACUGCUCUUCAUGUUAGCUUAUAUUAUAGAGUUGCUUUGACUAAAGUGGUGGUGGACCUACUACUGCUGGCUAGCUGUCUGACUGUGAAAUCAGGCAGCCCUCUGAGUCACUGUGUAAUUUAGGACACAGUUUAGAAAAGGUCAUUCCUGAGCAAGCAUUUCCUGUAAAGAGAGACCCAUCACUACAAGUGGAGUAAUCUGUUGAUGAGCAUGGUUCUGUAAGCAUUGCUGGUGUUCACUUUCUUUAAAGACAAAGCAUAUGUACAGUGGACCCUGUUUAUACUUUUCCAGUUUUUAUUUAUGGCAAUAAAUUACCUUUCAGGACUGAUCUCUUUUGAAGUUUAGCCAGUACAGUUGGACUGAUUAACAGUCUAAUAGAAUUAGAUACAUAAAAUAGGGGAAGAAAGGAAAGAUACCAAGAGCCACAGCAGUUCCACUAUUAUGUGAACUGGACGGGCUGAAGCUAAUUGGGAGGAGGUGAAAAGGAAGGACUAUGAGUGACAUAGCACCAUUUACUACUCCUUAUUCUGGUCCCUUACCCCCCAGUCUGUCCCUGAUUCUAGGUACAAGUACAAAAUCACACAUGUAGAUGCCAUUUUUCUGGUAUACAUUUAUGUAUCUUAAACAAGCAGCUGACUAGUUGCCCAUGUUCCCAUGUAGCUAGCAUGCUUUUCAUUCUGAAUACGUGCUGUGUGAUAGUAACAGGGGAGUCACACUACAAUCCUUCUUCAGCUUCUGUAGGAAUUAAAUUCAGUGGUAAUGUUAGAUUUUUCAGAGAUGCUUAAUAGAGGUAGAAAGUUAAAUCCUUCUAAUUUAUGGAAGACCUUUUUGAAAUCCACAGAAAAAUACAGAACAUUCUGAAUGAAAUUCUGUCUCAGAAGUCUGUGAGAAUAUUGCCACUUGAAUGGGAUCAGAAUCUCAGCAAGGGGCCUACACAUAGCUGAUCUUGUUGCAUGGGAUCCCAACAUAAAGCCCAGACAAAGUUUUACAAAUUAAAAUUUUUAAUUGGUUUCACUUUUUUUUUCAAACUUAAAAGAUUCAUUUAUCUAUUUUUGAAUUUUGUAUUAGUACACGGUGUAGUACAGUUACCUUAUUUGUAAUCUUAGCAAAAUAAACCUUUCAGUUAUCCGGAACCCAGAGAUGUCCUUUAAUACAACCGUUUCCUUUAUCCAAAUGCUACCUAGAUACUGUGAAACUCUCUGCCCUAUUAAUGUGCUGCAUGAUGUAUAUUAUAGUUUGCAUUAUGGUUCUAAUAAGUUAGCAUUUUUUACAUUUUUAUUAGAAGGAUGCAUAUCAUAGGGUCUUUUAUCAAAUGUGAAUGUGAAAGUAUGUUAUUUGUUAUAUGUUUAUCUGUAGCACUACUUCUGCUUUAACUC